AUGGCUAUUGCUGCUGGGAAAGCUUACGUCGAUGAAGUUAUAUGUAAAGACAAUAAACAAUUCUGGGAUAGCUUAAGACGAUCUAAAAAUAAACAAGUUGCUCUAGCCGCAAAUUUAUUCAUGAACAUGCAAGUAGAUCAUAAACAGAAUGGUGUUUGUGGUCGCAUUAGAAAAUGUUUUACCUGCUGGGUUCAAUAUGACACAACAGCAGGUGAUCAUGUUUGUGAUGUUUAUACUUGCAAUUUCUGUGAUGUAGGCUACCGUGCAAGCCCACACUACUGUCAUGUCAAACCAGCAAACCUCGAACAUCUCAUCGACGAUGACAAGGCUGAACUUGAAAAAUGGUAUUAUGAGACUAUAAAGACUGACCCAGUAUUCAAUUUUAAGACUGAGAUUAUUGAAUACUGCAGAUCAGAUGUCCUCAUACUUCAAACAGCAAUUAUGCGUUUCAUUGACUUGUUUAAAUCGAUCACUGGACUUAACCCAAUAACUAGAAGUUUCACGUUAGCUUCAGUAGCGAUGGAGGUCUUUAGAGCUCGCAUGCUUCCAGCAUUUACCCUUGGAGUCACUCCUCUUUCAGGAUAUGCUGAGAGAAAACAGUCGACUAAAGGCGCUGCGUGGUUAGAUUUAAUGCAAAAAGAUCUUCGAACAAAAAUCAGAAGAGAAUGGAGGCUUGGACCUUUUUACGCAGACGGAUUUAUUCCAAGUAAUAAUACUGUAUUUGAAUUUUGGGGAUGUUAUUACCAUGGAUGUCCUGCAUGCUACCCGGAUAGGUCAACGAUAGUUACAAUGAAUGACGAAGAACUAACGGUUGAAUCAUUAUACCAAAGAGUCUUGCUCAAAAAAGAAUAUUAUCAGCAUAGAGGUUAUCUUCUUCAUGAGAUCUGGGAACACGAGUUUGAUGAGAGAGAAAGAUAUACCAGCUCUCGUAUCUCAUACUACAAUCAGAUAAAACAAGUAGGGUCAAUAAAUAUCCGCGAAAGCUUUUAUGGGGGUAGAACAAAUAACAUCAAGUUCUUUCAUCAAUGCAGUUCAGAUGAAGUAAUCAGAUAUUUAGAUUUCACAUCAUUAUAUCCAUUCGUCUUGCGUGAAUAUGACUAUCCACUCGGACAUCCUUUCCUCAUCCAAGAAGAUUUUCGAGAUAUCGGGAGUUACUUUGGAUUCAUCAAAUGUAAAGUACUUCCACCUACCAAGCUAAACAUUGGGGUCCUGCCGAUGAGAAUAUCCAAGAAGUUAUUAUUUCCCUUGUGUAUGAAGUGUGCAGUCGAAAACAUUCAAACAUCAUGCACACAUUCACCUGAGGAGAGAGUUAUGACAAGCACUUGGACUAGCAUCGAACUCCAAGAAGCUGUUAAAUAUGGCUAUAAAAUCAUGAAGAUCUAUCAAGUUCUCAAUUAUCGGAAGACUCCACAUUCAGGUACACUUUUUUCAGAGUAUGUAAAAAUGUGGCUCAAAAUAAAACAAGAGUCUAGUGAUUGGCCUUCAUGGGUUACCAAUGAAUUCGAUAAACAAAAAUACAUCAAUGACUACAAAGCAGCUGAAGGUGUUGAGUUGGAUCCAAAUUCUAUCGAGAAGAAUCCUGGAAGGCGAAGCAUCGCAAAGCUUAUGUUGAACAGUUUUUGGGGUAAACUAGCGCAAACUGCAAAUUUACCGAAAACAAGCUUUGUAAGAAACUACGCUGAUCUAUGGGGUAUCGUUUCUGAUGAGCAAAAUGAGAUUCUGGGUAUGCAUGAACCUUCUGAAGAAGUUAUUAUGCUGCAACAUCGUUUUAUUGAGUCAGCUAAGGAGAAAAUUUCGCCUGGAAAGACUAAUAUUGCAGUCGCUAGUUUUGUCACAGCAUACGCACGUAGAGAGCUUUUUCGUUUGAUACAACGUAUCGAGUCACAUCGACAAGGUAGAGUUCUCUAUUUUGACACCGAUUCAGUUGUGUUUGUAGAGAAAACUGGUGAUCCGAAAAUUCAAUGCGGAGACUAUCUUGGUCAAUUGACAGAUGAGAUUGAACCUGGCUGGAAAUGUAAUCUUUUUGUUUCAUUAGGCCCAAAAAACUAUGCAUACCAAGUCAUAAACUCUCAAGAAGAUACUAAAAGUAUAAUAAAAGUAAAAGGGAUACGACUCACAUCCAAGGCAUUAGACAUCAUAACUACACAGAAACUUCUUGAAAUGGCGCAUUCUUACAUAGGAGGUGACCAACAAAGAGUUAACAUAACACAAAGUAACAUCGUAUCAGACAAGUUUACACAUACAGUUGAAACACGGAAUUUUGAGAAAAUCUACAGGGCAGUCUCCGAAAAAAGACGAAUAAUUGGUAAUGAUACACGCCCUUUUGGCUAUGUAGAUUGA